AUUCUAGGCGAAAAGACUUAACGGCAAUGCCGAGCUUGCUGCCAUCAAGGUGAUUAAGCUGGAGCCAGGCGAUGACUUCGCCAUCAUCCAGCAGGAGAUCCUGAUGAUGAAGGACUGCAGGCAUCCGAACAUCGUCGCGUAUUACGGCUCCUAUCUAAGAAGGGACAAGCUAUGGAUCUCGAUGGAGUACUGUGGUGGUGGAAGUUUGCAGGACAUAUACCACGUGACGGGUCCUCUGACGGAGCUGCAGAUCGCGUACAUGUGCCGCGAGACGCUCACCGGCCUCUCCUACCUACACAGCAUGGGGAAAAUGCAUCGAGACAUAAAAGGUGCGAAUAUCCUUUUGACGGAGUGCGGGGAUGUGAAGCUGGCGGACUUCGGCGUGUCGGCGCAGAUCACAGCCACCAUCAACAAGAGGAAGUCUUUCAUCGGAACUCCGUACUGGAUGGCUCCUGAGGUGGCAGCAGUGGAACGCAAGGGUGGUUACAACCAGCUCUGUGAUAUUUGGGCUUGUGGGAUCACUGCCAUUGAGUUAGCAGAGCUUCAACCACCGAUGUUCGAGCUACACCCCAUGCGAGUACUCUUCCUCAUGUCCAAGUCGGGAUUCAAACCCCCCUCCCUCAAGGAGCGAGAGCGCUGGUCUGCCGUCUUCCACUCCUUCCUCAAACUAGCACUCACCAAGAAUCCCAAGAAACGACCCACAGCUGAUAAAUUAUUACAGCACGCAUUCUUCCAGCAAGACAUGAGCAAGCGUCUUGCAAUAGAGCUCCUGCACAAGUACUCCAACCCGCCCAGCCACUGCAAUAACGAGCCGGACGAGGAUACUGCGAUGUCGAACAUGCCCGCCCGCAUCGCGUCCCGCCACACGGGGCGCGGCGCGCGGCGCGUGCUGGGCGGGGAGCCCGCCAAGCACGCGCGCCCGCGCUCGCUGCUCACUGACGCUCGCGACGUCCCUGCCCUGCACGACCUCCCUCCCCUGCACGACCUGCCCUCCCUGCACGACCACGACCCCGCCCACCGACGAUCAGGACUCUACGACGAUUCUCCAAUAGUGGAUCUGGAUGCUGAUGAUGAUUUGAGCGUUAAUUCCAUGCCGAAGGUCAUUAACUUCAGUGCGGAGGUCAACAGGAGUUGUGAUGGAGAUACUGUUAAGAGGAAUGCGUACCACAGACAAUCUAGUGAAGACUGGAGCGUAGCUUCACUGAUGACUUGUCCUAAACACAACCCAUUAACACAAGAUCUAGCCACCGACACGAUGCCAUCUAGCGAAAACAAGUGGUGUCGGGCGAUCACAGGGGAUGAUAUUAUGAGAAUGAGUUUAAGGAGCCUCUUGCAAUAUAUCGAUGAAGAGUUAAUGCUCAGGGCAACACUACCGUUAACAGCGGAAACCGCGAACAUGGCGCAGGGUGGCAACACCGCGCUAUCGAUGCACGACCAACACUUGUCUCAAUGCAUACAGUUAAAACAAAACUUUUUGAACAAUUCUACCGCGAAUAUUUAUCAAAAUCUCACGUCUUCUUACCAGACUCCUAUAGGUGCUUCUAGGGUCUCCAUCGACGAUCCUCUCUGCAGGAAGAUAGGAGAGGAUAUAAUGUACGUGGAUCAACAGGAAAACGACCAUUUGGACUUGCAAAGGAAUGCUAACUGUGAAUGUGGACUAUGCCCUAAACCUGAACCUAGGGACAACAACACACUCAGCGACCUUCAAAGAUCCGUGGCAAAGUGUUCCUGCGACGUAUGCAACUCCAACGGCGACAUACUAAGCUACUACAGAAACUGCUCCAACCAAAACACAGACUCCGGCAUAGUUUACUGCGAAAAUUGUAAAAAACAAAAAAUAUCCGUGUCCAACUUCAGAGCUUUACAAAUCGCGAAUAGGUUAAGAAUAUCAGAGGAUGAUAAAUUACAGAAUGGUUCUACGGACGACGAUUUAUGUAGGAAAAUCGACAUGAGUCUAAAUAUGGAAGACAAAGUAUUUGAACAUAGGAAAAAGCAUAACAGACAUCAUUCAGAUUCUGUCACAGCUGGCAUAGAUUUAAAUCAAUUCUGUCAAUGCGAACUAGAGGUUAAAAGGAAAACGUCAUCUGUCGAUGAGAUUUUCAAAAUGGUGGAUGAAAAUGGACGGGACGUGAAGACGGAAGCCAUUGAUGAAGAGAGUAAGACUACGCAGAGACAAAGGAGUUUGUCUGAUAGCCAGCGAGAUAAAGCCAAGGUUGAUAAUAAGGUGGCAGGUGAGAGUGGAACUCCUCCAGUGCCCCCAAGACGGGCGAGGUCACGACGGACACAUACACCGCCUCGUGCGGCCCCUAACGGUCUGCCACCUACGCCCAAAGUGCAUAUGGGAGCUUGCUUCUCUAAGGUGUUCAACGGAUGCCCGCUGAGGAUCAACUGCACAGCUUCCUGGAUACAUCCCGACACGAGAGAUCAACACAUACUUAUUGGUGCGGAAGAAGGUAUCUACACGUUGAACCUAAACGAGCUGCACGAGACGGCCAUGGACCAGCUCUGUCCGCGGCGGACUAUAUGGAUGCAUGUCAUCAAAGAUGUCCUCAUGUCACUCUCAGGCAAGACCCCGUGCCUGUACCGGCACGAGUUGCUGGCGCUGCUGUCGGGCGCGCGCGGCCGCAGUCUGCGCGUGUUGCCGCCGCGACUACUGCCGCGACGGUUCGCGCUCACCACGAGGGUGCCUGACACCCGGGGUUGCAUGCGCUGCGCAGUGGCCCGCAACCCGUACAACGGGUACAAGUACCUGUGCGGGGCCACCCCCGCCGGACUCUUCCUCAUGCAGUGGUACGACCCGCUACGCAAGUUCAUGUUGCUCAAGAACAUGGAGUGCGUGCUGCCGUCCCCGCUGGCGGUGUUCGAGCUGGUGAUCACGCCCGACCUGGAGUACCCGCUCCUCUGUGUCGGCGCCACCAGGAAGCCCAUGCGGCUCAACCUCAUCAACAUCAACUCCGGCGCGACGUGGUUCCACUCGGACGAGCUGGAGGCGUGCGUGGGCGGCUCCAACACGGUGAUCCCCCGGCCCGAGCGACUGCACACACUACGCGCCGUGCAUCAACUUAAUAAGGACUCCGUACUAGUAUGUCACGAGAAUGUAGUGGACAUAAUCCCAGUGCUGCCCCCUAGCAUAGAGAGUCGCUGGCGGCCAGACGAGGACAAACGGAGGAACAAACUGUUGGCGCGGAUACAGUUCGACUUCAAUAUCGACAGUAUAUUGUGCCUGGCGGACUCUGUGCUGGCCUUCCACCGUCACGGCGUGCAGGGCCGCUCGCUGCGGAACGCGGACGUCACGCAGGAGAUCACCGACCAUAGCCGCGCAUACAGGCUACUGCCGCAUGAUAAGGUGGUAGUCCUGGAAUCACACGUUCUUCAAAACAACACGCUUUCCGGUGAAGACGGAAACGAUCUCUACAUACUAGCUGGCCACGAAGCCUCCUACUAA